AUGGUCAACAGCAGUACUGUUUCCAUCAUUCCGCUCUACCAUGAACACAGCUUAAGAGCAAGGACCCCUUCGCCCGGUAUUAUUAUGACGGAGAUGGCUACCGAGCCGUCUAUACAGGGAAAUGAGACGGCGUCAAGCGUUGCUUCCUCAAUUUUCGGUGACCCUCCAACAGGCUAUCCCAAGUUCGCCGAGCUCAUGAAUGACAUUCCAGAGAUGGCUAUCUUCCGCCGUUUUGGGGCGCUUAAUGCACUCAAUCUACUGUACCUCCAAGCUCGAUUGGUACACAUAGAGCGGAAAUUGAAGAAAGCUCAGGAAUCAGACCACCAGAACCCAGAGGGGUACAAGUCGCUCUAUGCAAAGGACUGGUACUUUUUGAACGAGUCUGAACAAGAUGGCGAUGAGUCACAGCUUCAGCUCGUUGAAGAGGCCCGUGAAAAGUUGAUCGAGUACAACACCGCCUUGAUUCAACAAAAGAAGAUACUGUCGAUGAAGAGCCCCAAAGACUUCGAUAUGAGCUUCAUCCGUAAAUACAUCGCAUCCAAAGAUGAAGGACUCGCAUUCGCACUUGCAGGGCUUGAUUCAGAAGUUUGGGGUUCCGUGAAGUCUCCGGAAAGCUGCGCCAAAGAUCUGGUGACGCUUCGGCCACGUCACGACGAGGAUGGCUUUUCGAAGUGGGUGACCGGAAAAGGCAUCAGCAAGUUCUUUGGGCUCGGCGGGGCGCGAUUUCGCAAAAAGUCACCCGUUCACGGCUUCGUCAGUUACGAGGAGUCGGACCUACUUCGCAUUACCUACAACAUCACAACCGUCCUUGCGUCAGCUCUUCCAAUAGCUGCUAUUGCUGUCUUGGUUUACGUACAAUCGAUGAAGGCAAAGCUCGGAAUCAUUGCUGUAUUCAACAUUGUCUUGUCACUGUGUCUGACAGUUCUGACUACAGCUAAGAGGACAGAGGUGUUUGCUGUUGUCGCAGCUUUCUCGGCCGUGCAAGUUGUCUUUGUACAGGGUGGAAUGAGUGAUGCUAGAUGUACAAGUUGA